GUACCACAAACGUCUUGGUUCGAUUAUUUUUGAAAAAAAUGGCUGGCAUUGCUCCUCAGGCUUGCAGGAAUGUAUUCCGACAAGUUAGAGGUUUCCACCUCUCUGCAAAUCAAAAUACUAAAGCCAAAUUGAAAACCUUUUCUGUAUACCGUUGGAAUCCAGAUAAACCUGAUGAAAAGCCAUAUAUGCAAGAGUAUAAAGUAGAUCUAAGCACAUGCGGUCCUAUGAUCUUGGAUGCUUUGAUUAAAAUUAAGAAUGAAAUUGAUCCAACUUUAACUUUUCGUAGAUCUUGUCGUGAAGGCAUUUGUGGUUCUUGUGCUAUGAAUAUUGGUGGUGUAAACACAUUAGCAUGUAUCAGCAAAAUUGAUACUAAUGUAAAUUCAGUUAGUAAAAUCUACCCCUUACCACAUAUGUAUAUAGUCAAAGACUUAAUCCCAGAUCUAACUAACUUCUAUAAUCAAUAUAAGAGUAUACAACCAUGGUUACAACGAGGUGAUCGUAAAGAUGUCGGUAAAAAGCAGUUUUUGCAAAGUGUUGAAGAUCGUAAAAAAUUGGAUGGUCUCUAUGAGUGCAUCUUAUGUGCUUGCUGCAGUACUUCUUGUCCAUCAUAUUGGUGGAAUGGUGACAAGUACUUAGGACCUGCUGUACUUAUGCAAGCUUACAGAUGGAUCAUUGAUUCGCGUGACACUCAAACAAAAGAACGUCUCGACAAAUUAAGGGAUCCGUAUUCGGUAUACCGUUGCCACACUAUUAUGAAUUGUACUCGUACUUGUCCGAAGGGUUUGAAUCCUGGACAGGCAAUUGCAGAAAUAAAGAAAUUGCUAGCUCAUAUUAGUGAGAAACAAAAACCGGGCCUUGAUGCUGCUGUAUAAAUAAAUAGAAGAUGAUGAAGCAGGAAUUAGUGAAUCGUAUAAAUAUGCACCUUUUCCAAUUGGUUGAGCUUCAGCUUCUACAAAACGAACAGUUGCUGCUGACAGAGCUUCUGAUCCCAAAGAUAAAGCAACUUCGAGCAAAGUAUCAUCAUCAUCCAAGCAAAAUGUCUCACAUGCAACCUAGAACAAUUAUAUUGAAUCAUUAACAAGAAGAGUGGCAAAGAAAAGGUAUUAUCAACAAGG